AUGAUCAAGAUCAUGAAGCUCUUUGCAGUAAUGAUGGUGGCCACUUUACUUCUUUUCUCAUCUGGUUUUACUCAAGCUAGGACCGCCAAGCUUUUUCAAAUCGAGUCUAAACCGAUCCAGUUCCCAACUGAGCCAAUUCCUUCUCCACUAAACCAGGAUGUGAAGGUAUCAGUGGAGCAGUUCCCAAUCUUACCACUCCCACCUUAUUGUCCCGGUACCCCCGGAUGCCCACCAAAACCUCAUAUGUUAUAA